AUGGUGAGAUUUGAAUACAAAUUAUAUAUAUUAAAAUAUUCAUUAGUGGGUUAAAGCCUUAUAAAAAUCGAUUGUUGGGAUAGAAACGAAAAUGAAAAAAGAAAAUUAUACCAUGAAACACAUCCUGACACUUAUAAAGUAAACAAUGAUUUAGAUAAAUACAAUUUACAAAGUAAAAAUAAUUUAUCCCCAAAUUAUGCUAUACUUAUUUUUAGACCUUAUAUGAUUGAACAUUCGUGUUUCAUAAUGCCUUAAGUUAUUGCAAACGGAAGAAAAUAAUUUGAAUCUAUAUUCAAACCAUAUAAAAAAAAUUAAAAAUUCAUUCAUUAAAUAGAAAAAAAUGAGUGGAAAGUAUAUGAAUUAAAUCCAUGA